GCCGACCGCCGCGCCGCCCUGGCGGCGCUGGGCUGCGCUCGCGACGCGCAGCGCCUCCUGGCAGCGGCGGUGGCCGACGAGGCCGACGCCGAGCGAGUGCUGGAGGACGACCGCUUGGCGGCACUGGCGGCGCCCUGCGGCUCCGAGACCCGCGAAGCCGUGGGCGGCGGCGGCGCGCGCGCAUGCGCACAGGCCGUGGACUUCCUCGGCAAGAACGCCGGCCGCAGGGAUGUCUUUGCUGAUGUGGAUGAUCUUCUGAGCGUUUUCCGUCGUCUUGCAGCGCGCGUCCGUACAGAAGAACAAUACCAAUUGUUGGAGCUGGCAGCUUCGAGAAUCGAGAAGGAGCGGCCGCUGCCCAUUGGCUCCGAGGCGCUGAGCGCAGCGCUGGAGACUGCACAUGAGCAGGUGGCGUGGGCGUCGGGCGCCGAGGGCAAGCCCGUCGUCUCCUGGCUGCGCAGCCACCAGGCCGGAGGCCGCGGCGUCCUGACAGAGGAAGAGCGAUAG